AUGGUAAGACACGGAACAACUUGUGUUAUUGCUACAGAAUUGGGGCAAUCGCUAGCAGAUUUCGGUAAGGCAAUUAAGCUUCUCGGUGCAUGUGAAGGAGAUGCUCUUGGGACUGCGUUUUCUGAAGUUGGAGCAAAAUCAGAGAUGCUAUCUAUCAAACUGCAACGAGAAGCCCAACAUCUUUUAAUGAAUUUUGAAGAACCUUUGAAAGACUAUGUGCGUUCUGUGCAAUCAAUCAAGGGUACGAUAGCAGAGAGGGCAAAUGCGUUUAAGCAGCAGUGUGAAUUGGCUGAAACGAUAAAGCUAAAGGAAAUUGAUCUCAACAAAAUGAGGCUAAUUCGAUCUGAGAAGUUGUACGAUGCAGAGCGUGAAUAUGAGGAGCUAAAAGGCAAUAGUCUGGAAGCAACCAGGAGAUUUGAGACGAUUGUACGGUUAAUGAGUGAAGAGAUUGUGCGUUUUCAAGAGCAAAAGACACAAGACAUGGGUCGGGCUUUUCAUGAAUUUGCAAAGGGCCAAGCCCGUUUAGCCAAUGCUAUUGCUGAUGCUUGGCGAAGUCUUCUUCCAAAACUCGAGUCUCUCUCUGUCUCAUAACAUGUUUCAUUUCUCCAGAGUACUCGUUAUGUUUUCGUUUGUUUGUAUCUUAAUACACAACCCGUUUGAAGUUGUAAGUCGUGUAUUUCUGCCUAACAAACAUAAGGAACAUUUUAUUUCUUUAUUUUCCGCCACAUUUUUUUUGAAUUUAUAUUGUUUAUGUUCUAUAUACAUACCAGAAUAAACAUUUGAGUUUA